CAGUUCCAGAUCCAGCAGGCGACGUACCAGCAGCAGAAUGCGCAAGACCAAUUAGAGGGCAUGUUCGCGCUCGAUGGCAUGGACUUCGUGGAUGGGUCGCACCACAACGGCGGUGGUGCUAUUUAACUAUUUAUUCAAGAACGUCAGUCAGACCGGUUCUGGCGUGACACGAACACUGAAGACUGAAGAACGAAGAAUGAAGACUGAACGAAAAGCUCACGGACAACCAAGCAUCCGCAUCGUCAAAUUAUUGCAUAUUUUGGGAUCGAGAUGAUUCACGGACACUUACGACUGAUUGAUAUGAGCGUCGUCCAGCGCUGUGCGCUGGGCGACUGGACUCCUUGCAUUGCGGAUGAUCUGUAUUUGAAUUCCCCGUACGUCUCUAUUAUGCCCGCGCUCCCGGCGUUGAUUUCGUCGGUUAUGUAUCUCUUCGCUGUCUCGAUACCCAGACACCCCUUUUGUAUUCAUAAAUUUACACUCACCUCUCACAAUCCCAUCGCGCCCCCCAUAGCACCCGUUCAUUUACCUCAUCUUCUCGGCGUUCUUUAAUCGUAAAUAGUGCCCUUCUUUAUGGUCUGGAUGGCCAUCAUUUAUUUUGGUGCUUUCGCAGUACCUGUGUAUUAGAACGCUCUUGAAUGAUGAGGCCAGACUGGAUACCGCCGCGUUAGUUAUCGCGAGUGGUGAUGAGC